UUUGGGGAAAGAUGCUAACAAAAUAAGUUGGAACACCUGUUUUGGAAAAGAAAUUCACUGCAGAAAAAAAAAAAAUCCUGCCUUCCCAGUCGUUUAUUCACUCACAAUAACAUUUGCUUGCGACAUGGAAACUGACUGAACAACACGCCUUUCCUUUUGUCCUCGUUUAAGGAAAAGAAAAGGGCUUGUUGCUGUGAAAGUGAAUUCUAUUCUAAACUUGAAGAAAAGUUUUUUUUAUUAUUAUUAUCAUUUUAAUUAUGAAUAAAAAAACACUGAUUGUACGUGUUGAAGGAGGAACACUGUCGGAAAAAAGACACUCACCAUCAGGUUCCCAGGGUUCUCGAGCUGUGCCCAGCUGACAGGCUUUCAAAAAUGGCACAAUAACAGUUCCAGUGAUGCCUGACCAUGACAGCACAUCCCUCUUAAGCAGACAAACCAAGAGAAGAAGAGUUGACAUAGGAGUGAAGAGGACUGUUGGGCAAGCAUCUGUGGUUUUUACCCGCACAAAAGCAACCUUUUUCAGUGCCAUGAAUCCCCACGGUUCCGAGCAAGAUGUUGAGUGUUCAGUGGUGCAGCACGCAGACGGCGAGAAGUCCAACGUGCUUCGCAAGCUGUUGAAGAGGGCGAACUCUUACGAAGACGCUAUGAUGCCCUUUCCAGGGGCAACUAUCAUCUCCCAGCUCCUGAAAAACAAUUUGACCAAAAAUGGAGGCAGUGAGACUAAUUUCCAGGGAAGUGGCCUCUCGAGCACCGGAUCAGAGAUCCAGCAGGAGGAUGCUUGCAGCAACUCCUCGCGGGGCAGCCCUCAGGAGUGCCUUUCACCAUUCAACAGGCCCUCCAUGACCCAAUUUGAAAUGGAGAGGCUAACAGAUGAGCAUCUUAGGGCCAAACGAGCCCGGGUGGAAAACAUCAUCCGUGGGAUGAGCCAUUCUCCUAGCGUCACGCUCCGUGCAGGUGAUAACGAGCGCGAGGGGGCAGCCCAGCCCCCGAGUCCUCGUGAGAACUACCGGGAAAACAAGCGCAAGCAGAAACUGCCACAGCAGCAGCAGCAGAGUUUCCAGCAACUCGUCUCCGCGCGCAAAGAGCAGAAGCACGAGGAACGCCGGCAACUGAAACUACAGCUGGAGGACAUGCAGAAGCAGCUGCGGCAACUGCAAGAGAAGUUCUACCAGAUCUAUGACAGCACUGACUCUGAAAACGAUGAAGAUGGAAACAUCUCUGAAGACAGCAUGCGUUCUGAUGGAAUGGACAAUCGUGCCCACGACUCUGUCCCAGACCGUUCCGACAACGAGAUGUCCGACCUGGAUCCAGGGCACUUCUUGGAUCGAGCACGCGCACUUAUUCGGGAGCACACCAUGGUGACGGCGGGGGACAAACCCAAGCGUGAUGGGUCACGAGGAAAGAGCCAGGGACCAACCUCCAUGCAUGCAGAGGGCAAACAGCUAGCAGAGACGCUAAAACAAGAGCUCAAUACAGCAAUGUCCCAGGUAGUGGACACCGUGGUGAAGGUCUUUGCUAAGCCUCCACGCCCAGUUCCUCAGGUUUUCCCACCCCUGCAGAUGCCCCCUGAUCGUUUCGCAGUCAAUGGAGAAAACCCAAACUUCCAUACUGCCAACCAGCGCUUGCAAUGUUUCGGUGAUGUCAUCAUUCCUAAUCCCCUGGACACUUUUGCUAGUAUGCAGGUGCCCAACUCGAAUGACCAAACAGAGGCCCUGCCUUUGGUAGUGAGAAAGAACUCUUCAGAUCAGACCGGGUCUCUUCCCACACCCGGGGGUCACCACCACCCUUCCCUGCACCCCUCACCCUUAUCUUCCGCAAUGGGCUUUAGUCCUCCCUCUUUCCGCCAUCCUUUCCCCCUUCCUCUAAUGGGCUACCCUUUCCAGAGCCCCUUAGGUGCCCCAACAGGGCCUUACCCAGGAAAAGACAGGUCUUCUCCCGAGUCUCUGGAUUUGUCCAGAGAGACCACCAGCCUACGGACCAAGAUGUCGUCCAACCACCUCAGCCACCAUCGUUCCAUCUCACCAACGCACCCAGGGAAUGAAGGCUUGUCCUUGUCCCUCAUCAAGUCAGAGUGCGGAGACCUUCAGGACAUGUCCGACAUCUCUCCAUAUUCAGGAAGUACAAUCCAAGAGGGGCUUUCUCCGAACCAUCUGAAGAAGGCCAAGCUGAUGUUCUUCUACACACGCUACCCCAGCUCCAACAUGCUGAAGAUGUUCUUCUCAGACGUGAAGUUCAACCGCUGCAUCACAUCACAGCUGAUCAAGUGGUUCAGCAACUUCCGUGAGUUUUACUACAUCCAGAUGGAGAAAUUCGCUCGGCAGGCCAUCAACGACGGCGUGACGGGGGCAGAAGAGCUGAGCGUGAGCCGGGACUGCGAGCUUUUCCGCGCUCUCAACAUGCACUACAACAAGGCCAACGAUUUUGAGCAGGUUCCGGAGCGAUUCCUGGAAGUGGCGCAGAUCACGUUACGGGAGUUUUUCAAUGCCAUUGUGGCAGGCAAAGAUGUUGAUCCUUCCUGGAAGAAGGCCAUAUACAAGGUCAUCUGCAAGCUGGACAGUGAGGUCCCAGAGAUUUUCAAAUCUCCCAAUUGUCUGCAGGAGCUUCUGCAUGAGUAGUGAUUUGAAUUGCUUACCAAGUAUCAUCCCUUCUUUUCGAGAAAUCUUUACAAAGUAAGAGGUAGCAUUCCUAUUUUUAAGUCCCGGCUACUUUCGAAUGACUUAGCUGUUAAUUUUUUUUUUUGUGCUUCUUUUUGGGAAAGUCUAUAAAAUUCUUGAUUGUUUUGACUGUAUUCAAUCCUUACCCCCUUUUCCUUGCCUUUAAAUUGGGCAUUACUAUGUUUACCAGACAAAAUGGUUAACAAAUGGAACUGACACCCUGAAUUUCUCUCUUUUAUUGGUCAUUUUUGUUGAGGGCUUUGUUUUAUCCCAGGAUGUUUGCAAUGUGUGAUGGUUUUACUAUUGCUGAAUAAGACUUGCAUUUGUAGCUUGUAUAGAUGUAAUUAUUAUUUAUGAUUAAUAUAAUUAUUACCAUUAAUGUUAUUCAUGCUUGCUACAAAAAAAAGGAAGAAAGGAAAUGAAAGACAAAAAAUUGACAUGUGGUAUUCUUGUUUCUCAUGGCAAUGCUACAGAAAAUAAAUUAUUCUUUGGACAAAAAAAAUAAUAAUAAUAAAGAGGGGUAUACAUUU